AUAUAUUAACAUUACGAUAUGAUAUAGAAUUAUAGAGAGUACGUACCUAAAAUAUAAUAACUUGUUUGCAGGAUGACCAAGUCAAACCUAGUGGUUCGUAUUAAGUGUGUAACUGUACCUCUCCACUCAAGUUGAAACUAGACUCGCAUUAUAAAUACAAACUCAUCCCCUUGUAACUCCCCUUCAUAUUCAUUUCACCAAUCUCUUAUCUUCUUCUCCCUCUCUGUCUCUCAGACUCUCACUCUUAUUAUGCUCUCUAAACACAACACAAAAAUGUCCAUAAUUGUUGGCCAAGCUUACCAAAAUCUUCCCAAGAAGCAAGUAAGCCCAAACUCUGACUUGGGUGGAUGGAGUUUUCUGCAGUGUCUCUCUGAGACCAAAGGCAUUUUCCAAAACAGAGGAGACGACGUCACAAAGAAAACAGCUUACGUCCACCCGAUUGAGAAGCGUCCGGUAGCUAAACUGAGCCUAGAGAUGUGCACAGAGAGCCUCGGGACCGAGAAUGGGAGUGAUAGUGGAGACGAGAUCUCGUUACUUGCGCUCGAAGGAACCAAUGAUACUUCAAUGAGUCAUCUUACUACGAAACCUCAAAAAGAAACCAACCUUAUGACCCGUGAAAACAGUUUUCCUCCGCCGUUAAGCUCCGUCAACGGAUUCAACAGUAGGCGUAUGGUGAAAUCGUAUAAGGAAGACGGUCGUCUUGUUGUCCAAGCGAUUAGGGUUUGUUCACCACCUCGUUGCUUUGUAUCUGAACGUCGUGAAGGAAGGCUUCGUCUCUGUUUAUCAGAGAACACCUCACUUAGCCAUGAUGGAGAUGAAGAGUUUGAAGAAGAUGAGUAUGAAAUCGAAGCUCAUGGAGAUGAAGAAGAAGUAGAAGACGAUGGAGUGGAAGAAGAAGAAGAAGAAGAAGAAGAGGAGGGCAUAAUGGGGAAUAACGUGAACUUUGAGGGUGAAAAUGGAAAGAAAAAGUUAAGCAGAAGGCCAAAAAGGAGAUGCCAUGAGAAUGGAUGUGAGGCUACAACGAUGCGUAACUGGAAGCCGCAGCAAUUUUGGGUGACCACUACUUAAUGGAAAACUCAACUCAGCAAAUAAAUUAAUUUUAAAUAAUAAUUAUAUGGCUUAUUUAUUUUUAUUUUUUGAGUGUGGUUUAAUUAUAUUAUGAAGAAAGUGUUUUUAUUAGUCGUCCAAUUGUAUGAGUACGGCUUUCUAAUUCUAUUUAUAAACUUAUAAAACGUGAGUUAUUACAUACA